UGUAGCGGUUCAGCAGCCUGCAGAGCUCUCUCCGUUUCCCUAUUAUUAUUAUUAUGCGAGGAAGCAUCAUGUGACUUCUGCUAAAAUGAAAGUGAAAACCAUGGCUGUGAACCUGCUGUUGUGGGUUGUGCUGUGUGUAGCGUUGUGUGAUGUGUGCGGUCAGUGACGUUCCUCGCUGUGUGUUGUAUAGAUGUGUAUGUGCUGUGUAAUCUGCUGAUGUAUUGUGUGUAUGACUGUUUUUAUUAUUUAUUGUCUGUGUGUAGUAUUGUUGUGAGUUAUACACAUAUAUAAAGAUAUAUUAUCCAGUCGUGACGCUGCGAGGAGAAUCACCGAUAUGAAGACCAAUGGACACUUACAAGUGGGAUUGAUCCUGACUCUGAACAGUGUCUUGUUGUGGUGUGCCGCUGUGCCGCAGUAUACUGUAGACAUCGUGCUCCCCUGUGACUAUGCACUGUUGGACUCCAAUGUGGGGGGACUCGGCUUUACAAGACAAAAAGUGACGCUGGUCCUGCAAAAUGUGACGGUGAUGGGAGAGGAGCCGCCGGAGGCAUUGCCGGAUUACCAUCCUCCUGAAAACCUGGACAUGACCGUCUUCCUAGCCACAGUUGACCUCGCCGCCCUCUCAUUUGCAGAACGGUUGCUGCAUGUAGAAUGUGGGGAUGAGGGCGAAGCGGUAGAAUGUGAGAUCUCGCCCAUCUAUUCUCAGUUAUUUAUCGCUCACAUCCGACUACCGGAGCUCAGCGUUGCCGUCAUGGCCAAAGCAGCCUUACCCAUUGAAGCUCCAGAUGAGUUGGCCAAUGACAAGGUUGUGGUACCAAUGUCAGUGGAACUUCUUGUAUCAUCAUCUCCACCAUCACAAAAGGGCUCUCUGUCUGAUGAAGUCACGUUAAAUUGCGACGUUUGGAGUGGCAUGGAAGUAAGCGUGGAUUGGCAUCUACAGAAGGAUGGCACCGGGCACAGAUUAAAUCUUGAGGACUCCCGGAUCACUAUACAUAAGGAGAAUAAGGAAGCCUCUUGUUUGACUAUAAGACAACUCAGUGUCCAUGAUGAGGGCACUUACAUAUGUGUUGUGUCUUCAGGAAAGAAUAGACUACAGCAGAUUCUCCAGCUACAGAUCAGAGAGCCUCCUCAGGUUACAGUUGCUGUGAGUACAAUACCAAAGACCACUGUGACCUGCCGCAUGGAACGAUACUACCCGCUGGAUGUGGAGGUGUCCUGGCUGCUCAAUGGAUCCCCAUUAACCCAUGUCUCCCCAUAUACCUCCAGUCAUCGGAGAAAUCAAGAUGGGACCUUCAGUAUAAGCAGCUUCCUUGAAGUGCCAGUACCCCAGCCUGGAGCUUCCCCCGAUACUUAUACCUGUACUGUGUCACAUGUCUCAUUGACUGAUCCAAUAAUGAUUGAGGGCCAUGUUCUUCCUGAAAAAACAGAUCUGUCUUAUACAACUACUCUCCUCGUUGCAUUCUGCACCAUCGUGAUCCUCAGUAUCCUAUUUCUAUGGAAACAAAGUAUGAAAAGACAGGAGAAGAAGACUAUAUAAUGACCACAAGCCAACGAGGACUUUCAUGGGGACAAAUUCCAUUUGUUUAUAUUAGUUAGAAUAAGAAAGCUGACGUUUUACUUUUCCUUCCCAUUGGUUUUUCACCUUUUGUAAUGAACUUUUUUGAUGUUUUAUGUUAUUUGAAUUGUGAAACCAUCAAUAAGCUGGAUAUCUAAUGCUGAAGGAUCUUAUGUCUUUAAAAAGGCUGGAAUAUCAAAGUUACUAGGGUCAGAUGGCAUUCACCCCUGUGUUCUUAGGGAGCUAAGAAACAUUAUAAACAUUUCUAAUAUAUAAAAAGGUUAUGUGGGUUUUCCCCAUUGUGAACAAGGCCAAGUUUCCCAGCCUCCUAUUGUAUGAGGGACCUUGCUUCCAAUAUAUAUAUAUAUAUAUAUAUAUAUAUAUAUAUAUAUAUAUAUAUAUAUCUUAGAACUGUUUAUUUAAUGAGUUUUUCAUUUUAACAUAAAAGGAAAAAAGCAAUACAGUGGUCCCUCAAGUUACAAUAUUAAUUGGUUCCAGGACGACCAUUGUAUGUUGAGAAACCUGGUAAUUGUUUCUGAAGCCCCAAAAAUGUCAUCCAAAAAUAGGAAAAAGUGAGGAUUAAAGAAAAAUAAGCAGAUAACUACUAUAGAUAAAGCAAGUCCUUACAUAUACAGUGAUCCCUCAACUUACAAUGGCCUCAACAUACAAUAGUGUCAACAUACAAUGUACAGACAGUGCAGAUCUGUGAAAUUUGUCAAUGGCCGGAAGAACCGACCAAUCAGAAUGGGCAAUUUACUGGUAAAACCCCUGUAUUAUUGAAGUGUAUGCACUGACUGGUGUCUUGUAGCGCCCCCUACAGUACAGGGAGGUAUUACAUGUUCUGUACACUUUACCUGUACCAGGGUUACCUGCUCCUUUGGACACCAGGUCAAGGCGAGUCCAUGUAAAUUUUUUAGGACAUUGCGUGUUCUGUACAGGACCCCGAAGAAGCUCCUGUCCUCUACAUAGACCAGUGUUUCCCAAGCAGGGUGCCCCCA